GUAGCACUGGCCGGAGCCGUUAUACCGCCAUGUUAGCGCUCCUUUUGUUUUGCUUAUUCCGCCGUAAAGUUGUUGCCUUAAAAUUCGUGAUUUUAGACAUUCAAUAUCUGCAGGAUAUUUCGAUAUAAUGGAGCAGAAUGUGGCUGCCGAGCAGAACAUCUUCGUCGUCGACCACAAAUUGAAGAAGACUUCCCAGCAAGCAGAUGUCGAGCGCCUGGCUAAGACGCAUUGGCUCAGUGACUAUGCCCGGGAUAUAUUUUUGACCAUGAGGGAGCAAGAACUCCGCCGGCGGCCGAUGUUUUUCCUUUCGCCGCAAUUGAGCGAGCGACAAAGAAUGCUGCAGUUGCUCAAACUGGCGACCCGCGCCCACAAGCUCAGUCGCUGUGCUCUGCACCUGGCCGUUUACUACAUGGAUCGCUUUGUUGAUCACUACAAAAUCCGUCCGGACAAGCUUUUCCUGGUGGCCAUCACCUGUCUUCACAUCGCAGCGCAGAUCGAAAACACCGAUGCGUUUAUUCCGCACUACAGCGAAAUGAACCGAAUGGUGAAGAACGCCUAUACGGCAUUCGAGUACAAGGCUGUGGAAAGGAAGAUCCUGUGCUUCCUCAACUUCGAGCUGGUGCGUCCCACAACUGCCAGUUUUGUGGAGCUGUUCGCCUGCAGUUUUCUCACUCGCUCCGAUUUUAAAAACUACACCGAGAUGUUGGAUGAGUGCGAGAGGAACCAUUACAUCCAGCCAUAUCAGCGAUAUAUAAGCUUCGAAGAGAUGCUGUCCAUGUUGGCUCAGUUGCUGCUUCGCAUGGCGGAUUACACAUUGCACAUUUCCAGAUUUGCCAAUGAUCUGCCAUCGCUUUUGGCUGCCGCCUGCAUUGCUGCAGUUCGCCAGGUCAGCGGGGUCCGGUGCUGGUCGCAGUACCUCGUUGGGCUGACCUCUUACACCGAGGCCCAAGUGGAGCCGUACAUGAACAUCCUGACCGACUAUCAUUAUUACCAGAUUAUUCAGCCCGAUUACGACGGUCCCUCCAUUCAGAUCAACCAGAAUUUAGCCAGUCCCGAUUCUGGAUUUGAAGAGUCCUUCACUGAAAACACUAACGUGGUGGUCUCUGAUGAAGUGGUCACAGUAGAGACCUACAACAUUAUCACCGUGCAGUUGCAGGAUCCACCUCCACAUUCCACCACUUUACUUCCCAAAGAGCAAACAAAGUUGAAGCGGCCGCGCUUUGAAGACGAUUCUGAAAACCUCCACCCAUUGAAACACGCCAAAGUGGAAAGUGAUCCCAAAGAUUAGUAACACAAGGAAAAGAAGAAGCUAUUUCCAUUUGGAGAAAAUCCAAAUGGUUUAAAGGUGAAAUGACAUCGGUUACGUAGAUAUGGUCUUGUUCAAUUGAGUUGAACCUCACCCAUAUUAUAAUCGUUAUGUUAUGCGUUAAUAUAUAUGUAAUUAAUAUAUAUUUGAAAUUAUCUUAUAAACUUAUGAAUAUAAAAUGUCAAAAACUCAA